AUGCUCAACGGAAUCUACGGAUACCUCUUCGGAGCCGCCGAGGCGACGGACAACUGCGAAAACGAGGCGCCGUGCGUCAGCAAGGAGCUCGUCGAGGACGACUGGCAACUGGUUGGGGCAGAAAUGCUCUCAUCCGGCCGCUCAUCGCCGGUGCUCGUCCCCCGAGCCGAAAUCCAAGAUAUCGACGAGCUGUCGCUGACCAGCGAGCGAAGCGCGCUCACCGCCAGCGAGGCGUUCGCCAAACGGGCCGCGGAGGCGCGGCAAGCGCGCGAGGUCGCGAUUCAACGAUUGCGAUUGGCGGAAGCGUUGUUCGCCGAAACACCCGCAUCGAAUGACCAAUCUGGGGGGAAAGCGGUGAAGGGUCGGGCGGCGCCGAGUGCUGGCUGCAAGCGAAUCUCCGCCGACCCGGGCUCCGAUCUUAAAGGCAAGCAGCGCAGCAAAAAGGCCGGAAAGCUGAACUCUGGCCGCAACAACGACCGCAAAUGCAAUAACAUCAAC